CAACCCAUAUGCACAAAUGUCACCUGUCUGUCUGCAAUGUUAUUUCUUGUUUUCUACAUUUUUGUUUUUGAUAAGUUAUAUUAAAUUUUUAAAUAAGCUUUUUUCGAAUAAUUAAGAAUGAAAUAAAUCUUUACGCACAAUACCCACUUUCCCAAUCAAAUGGAUAACACAAUCAAUAAAAAGCUACAAGGCUUUCAAUUGAUUGCCCAAGAAAAACUUCAAUCAAUUCUUUGUUCAAUACCGAAUAAAAAAGAUCUUAUUUUAGAUACAUCUCUGAUCAAGCCAUUGGAACACAUAUGUGCUGCAUCAUGGUUAAAGCUAAAGGGUAUUCAACGCAUCUACAAACUUGACCCCGAGAAUACAAUUGCUAGACAAGAUAAUAUCCAAGUUUUCAUGAUACCAAAUACUUUGUCAACAUAUCGUAAAGUUCUGAAUCAAAUUCAUGCUCAUGAGAGUGCUAAACCUUCGGAUAAGAACAGCGGCUUCAAGAGUUUCCAUAUAAUUUGUGUGCCUAAUUGUUACAUGUGUUUCCAGACAUUGCUCGAAGAAGAAGGACUAUAUGGCAUUGUUCAGUUGCAUCGUUUCAACUGGGACUUAAUUUAUCUCGAUAAUGGUGUGCUAAGCAUGGAAGUUCCUCAAGUGUUUAAGAGCGUUUUUAUACACCAUGACACAUCCAUUUUAUCAUCCAUCGCUCAAACUCUACGAAUAUUUUUCAUGAUCUGCGGUAAGCCUGAUAUAGUGCUAUCUUAUGGCAAACAUUCGGCAGAGAUUCUACAUAUGAUUGAUAGUUUGGGGCCUUGGCCAUCGUCUGUAAGUCGCUCUGGCCACAGUGAUUUUUCAUCAAUGAUCAUAAUCGAUCGGGAUAAGGAUUAUCCUUCGAGUCUCCUUACACCUGCUAUUUAUUCAGGACUAUUGCUAGAGGUGUUAAAAUAUCGCGCAGGUGAAGUUGAAAUCCAACCAAAAUCUAAUAAAAUUUCCGUCCAAAAGCUGAAAAUUUUUGAAAUUUCCCAUGACCAGCAGCAACCGCCUCAAGAUAGUGGCAAAGAAAAAAUACCAUGUGUUCGACUCUGUUCGGCUAACGACGAAAUCUAUGCCGAAAAUCGCUAUAAACACUUCUCUCAAGCAAGCAGUAUGAUUAAAGCACAAGCCAAAGCUAUUGGCGUUGAAGUCUUAAACUUGAAUAAAAUGAAACUGGAUGAGAUGCAUGAUUAUGUGGCCAAAAAGCUACCAAAAGUAACAGAGCUCAAAACAAAAGUUCUCAGACAUUUGCAGGCAAGCGAAAAAGUCAUCGCUGAGAUGGGUGCAUCAUUUCAACAGGUUCAAUCUCUUGAGGAAGACAUACUCAAUAAUACCAAUCGAAAAAAAUUGCUUACAGAGAUUGAUGAGGCAUUGACAACUAAUGGACAAAAGUACAAUAGUAUUCGCCUUAUGUGUCUUGCCCAUUUGUCAAUGGGAUUCAGUUCAGAAGAGUUGGCAACAUUUAUUCGGAAUUACUGCAACUAUUUCGGCUAUCGAUAUAUUCACGUGUUCCACUACUUGGCUAGAUCUGGCCUCUUGCCGCCGCUUGAGGAAGAAAAAAUUGGUAAAUCAAAACUACUCUCGAACUUGCCACUGGGUAAAUUCCAACAGACCGAAUUCCAGGCAAAUGCAAAUCGUUUAAGACUUUUAGUAUCGACAGCCGGUGCUGAAAGCAAUUAUCCUCGAGACUCAGGUGGCGGAGUUAACUGCCCGAGUUAUGUCUUCAAUGGACUAUAUAUUCCCCUAAUUGCCCAGUUGGCUUCGUUUUUGGUUAAGGCCACAGGAAUUGACGAUCUUGCACAAAAGUUGGGUAUGGUUGAGAAAAUGGAACUGCAUCUUGCAUCACUGCCGGGUGUUAGUAAUAUAAAACAAGUACAGUCAAUGAUUAAGAAAAACGAGGGAAAUUCUGUAUUCCCAAUGAAAACAAAGACUGUUUUUAUAUUUGUUGUAGGUGGUGUUACUUAUGCGGAAAUCGGUGCUUGUGAGUUGAUUGGACAGUUGACUGGUUCAAAAAUUGUUGUUGCUUCGAAUCAUAUUAUAUGUGGUUCGGAUGUGAUAGCUUCUGCCUUUUAAAAAAACAAUAAAUAUAUGACAUUAUUUAUUUUUUUGUUAAAGAUUUUAUUUACUAUUCAAUAUCUCUCGAAAAAAUCGAAUAUAUUCGUUCAUAUACGAACCUUGUACCUACUUUAUAUUGAAAUAAUAAAAGACAUUAUCAAUUAUUAUGUACAGUAAA